UUUUCUCGCGGCCCCGCCUCUUCCGGUGCGUGCCGCAUCAUGGCGCAGGGGCAGCGCAAGUUCCAGGCGCGGAAGCCGGGGAAGAGCAAGGCGGCGGCGGCGGCCUCCGAGCGGAACCGAGGCCCGAGGAAGGGUGGUCGUGUCAUCGCCCCCAAGAAGGCACGCAUCGUGCAGCAGCGAAAGCUCAAGAAGGACCUGGAGGUCGGGAUCCGGAAGAAGAUCGAACAUGACGUGGUCAUGAAAGCCAGCACCAGCCUGCCCAAGAAGCUGGCGCUGUUGAAGGCCCCCGCCAAGAAGAAAGAGGCAGCCUCUUCCUCCUCCACCAAGACGCCUUCCUAAGGACACCAGCCCAGUGGAGGCCAUCGGCACAGCCUCCGUGCUCAGAUCCAUGCCGGGGACCCCGCAGGUGGCACCGCAAGGAGGAGCUGAGCUCUCCCGAGCCUUGGGUUCGCGCACCUCGAGUUUCCUUGGGGAAAGAGUAGGUGAGCCCAAGAGUAGGUGAGCCGCGGACCUGAAACGCCCCGGUCAGACUCCCGGGGCCCGAAGAACGCCGGAAGCGGAGGAAAUGUCCGCCGGUUUCUUGUGUCCCUGUCCCCCUCCUCGGUUCUUCCCUCCACUGGUUUAACCCAGAGCAAUAAACCUGACCGCCGUUCCUCCCGCAUGCCAUUCACGUGCUCCUGUGAGUGGGCCGUUUCUGGAGCUGGCGCCUCGGUGCCCCGACCCAGGCCGGUCCCGGCGGCUUCCACCGGAGACCGGCUGUGUGCCCGGGGAGGGACGGAGAGGCUUCUGCACCUUCAGCCCAGGAGCCGAAGAAGAGGCUUUUCGUCCCUCACCCCCUGGGCCGUUCCCACCAGCUUCCUCGCUUACCUGACACCCCCUGCAGGCAUGCCCAGGUCACUGCCUCUGCCAGAGGCCAGCCAGGCGUCCCGGGGAGCUCCUUUCCCGCCUGUGUGACAGGGUGACGCCACCCGGUAGGGUCUCCGUGCCGGGUAAGCCCGGACGCGCGCGUCAGCUGCUCGAGGCCACCUCGAUGUUUAGUCCUGACGGCUCAUACGUGUGCGGCGCUGCGAGUGGCCCAGGCGCCGUGCCAGCGCUUUCCGUGCCAGCCCAGCCCUCGUGAUGCCCAGGCUAGGUGGUGUAAAUGCUACCGAGCAGGGAUGUGCACAGCCGCUAACGGGGUCCCCGAUCCCCGCUGCCUCCCCUGCUCCCUCCUGGGUCCCUCCUCCUUCGGUCAUUGUUUGCGGUCCUGCUGGACCACACGGUGCCUGCGAAUCAGCCAAGAGCUUGUCGGCCUUCUUCCCGCACCCCCAGCACCCCCGCCAUGCCCCAGGGGUGUGGGGAGCAGGUCACAGCUGACGGACUCGGCUGCGGUCUGGGUGACACUGAGCUGCUGUCCAGGGGAGGUGGUGGCACCUGUGGGUGCAGUCGGCCGCACGUGUGGGUGACCGAUCCCCCGGUGGCCUGUCCUUUCCCGGCCAGCCUGACCCACCGCUGGCAGCUUUUCUCGAUCCCGUGGAGUGGUGGUCAAAAUUUUUUGAACGACUAAAAUUUUUCUGCACAGUAGGGGACGACCGCCGUGGAGAACGGUCUGGUGGCCCCUCGCUCAGUAAGUUCAGCGUAGAAUUACCCACGACCCGGCCGUUCCACUCCCGGGCGCGCGCCCAAAAGGAUUGAGGACGGGGGCCUGACCAACGGCUCGGACGUGAGCGUUCACAGCACUGCCAGUUUCAGUCACCAGAAGACAGAAACGGCCCAGAUACCCCUGAGCAGACGGAGGAUAAAGGGCGUGUUUGCGCGACGGAGUCACAUUCUGCCGCGAAGGUACAAAGCGCCAGCUCGCUGCCUCGUUGAACCUCGAGUCCACGCUCCGGGAGAGGAGGCCGCUGUGAAAGGCCACGUGCUGUAUGCUCUCGUUUAUGGGAGACGUGCCAAAUGGGCCAGCCCACAGAGAACCAGAAAGCAGAUGGGUGGUUCUUGGGGGACCCGGGGAGGGGGGGGUGUGGGGUCCACCAUUGGACGCUGGGGUCACGUCCUGCAGGAAGAAAAGGUUUGCAGGGGCGGCUGCUUAACGUGGUGAACGUGCUGAAUGCCGCUGAGCUGUGUGCUUUUUUUUUUUCUAAGUUUGUUUUGAGAGAGGGGGAGAGAAUCCCAAGCAGGCUACACACUGUCCGUGCAGAGCCCUAUGCGGGCCUCGAUCUCAGGAACUUGAGAUCAUGACCCGAGCCAAAACCAAGAGUCUGAAUGCUUAACUGACCCAGCCACCCAGGCUCCCUGAACUACUCUUUUAAUUGACAGAUUUUGUUUGUGAGCAGUUUCACAUACACAAAAAUUGUAAGUUACGACUUGAACGAUCAGGGCUGGGGCACCUGGGUGGCUCUUUUUUUUUCUUUCUUUUUUUUUUUUUUAAGUUUAUUUUGAGAGAAACAGAAAUAGCACAGCUGGGGGAGGGGCAGAGAGAGGGAGAGAAUCCCAAGCAGGCUCCACUCCGUCAGCCUGGAGCCCUACGCAGGCUCCCCGAUCGAUCGAGAGCUCGUGACCUGGGCGGAAACCAAGAGCCACUCAGGUGCCCCACGCGUCCAACUCUUGAUCUCAGCUCAGGUCUCGAUCCGAGGGUUAUGAGUUCAAGCCCCACGCUGGGCCUGAAGCCUACUAUUCAAAAAAAAAAAAAAGAAAAGAAAAGAAAAAUUGGGACUUGUGGCAACAGGACCCAAAUUUGAUGCAAAGACUAGUUUGGGGUUUCCCCGGAUCCAGCACUCAGGUUUCUGGGGGGGGGGGGGGAGGAGGCUGGAGGGCAGGCCUGGGGUUGGGAGUCUGAUCCUCGGGGCACGCCCCACCUUGAGCCCCAUUUGGUCAACCUGGGCGCCCCUGCCAUCUGGUCACAGCACGGUGGUUUAUCCCCUAAGCAGACAGCGAGCGGCUUCUGCCUUUUGAGAGGAAGCCACAUUGGCCGCCGGGCAUUUGUUGUCUACCUACUGUGUGCCAAGCACGGCUAGGUAGAGCUGAGAACUGGCAUUCUAGUGGAGAGAACAGAAAACAAACCUCAGGCUGGCCACCGCCCCCUUGUCUCCCGUCCUGCCUCCUGCUGUGGUUCCCUCCACCUCCCGGAUGCCGCCUCCGGGAGCCCCUCUCAGCCCUCCCGCACCUCCACCCCCAGGAGUGGUCACUGUGCUCCGCUCCAGACUUUUCUCCUUUGCUCCUUUGUUCACUGCUGAGUCUCCCAACACCUAGGAAGGUGCACAGUAGGUGUUCAUUGAAGGAAGGAAGUAAUGUAUUGUUUCUUUUUUUUUUUUCUUUUGCAAGGAAAAUUUUGCAUUUCAAUGAAUCAGUUCUGGUUAUUCAGUGCAUCAUCUCUAUACAACACACCCUUCCGGGUUAAUCUGAUUCAUAGCAUUGUCUUUGAACUCUCGGCUCUGUAAAUUGUAAGCAAUUGAUAGCAAUAUAAAACCACCCUUAUCUGUAGACGUGCAAAUCCCAUCCGGUCCGGGAGAGGUUUCUUUGACAACCCUCCUCCCCUGUGGAAAAAAACAAUUUGCCCCCGUCUGCACGUGGAUUUGGGUAAAUAGUCUGAUAUGUAAAAGUGUCUGGUCUCCAGACUCUCUUUCGAACCGCGUAGAACAUCUGCCUGCUUCCCACGUGAGCUCAAUAAACGUUUUAACACGUGUCCGUCUUUA